AAAAAGUGAACACGGCUCUUUGGACCCCGCCCAUCCCUUCUGGUCUAACGCUGAAUGCUAAAUUGUCUUGCACAAGUCUUUCUUCCGACACCACCUUACGACUACCUGCGGCUCUAUCCUUUGUCUCCCUCCUCCUGCUCCUCCUCCUUCCCCGACGCCUCCCUCCCUCACUCCCACCACCACCGCCGCCACCACCACCCCCUCCACCUCCUCACCACCACCACCACUACCGCACCACACCAUCAUCAUCCUCAUCACCGUCAUCAUCACCACGGUCAUCAACAUCAUCAUCGUCAUCGUCACCCGCGGCCUCGCUCUAUACCUGCGCGCCCGCCCCCUCGGCUUCACGACGAGCCCUUGGCUGCUCCCCGACCGACCGUCGGCUACCAUCAGCCAAGCAAUACGUGCUCGUGACUCGUGUGAGCCUGCCAAACAGUCCUGCCGCCGCACUACAGCCUCCCCUCUACAUCCUGGUUGUCGCGUUGUCAUCUCCGGCCAACUCCUCCUCUCCCCCUUUUUGUUACCCAGGCUCUGCAACAAGGUUGUAUACUUUUGCCCACUGUCCUCCAGCGACCACAGGCCUCGCGUAUCCCCUUCGCUCUGGGUUCGCCUGCCACUCCUGGAGCUCUUCCCGGGCCUCUCUCUCUCCACUUGCUCUGCCGCUUGCACAGCUUGCACAGUGCGAGACCGCUGGAGUCUGAAUCUCAGCUAAACACGAUUUGUCCUUACUGCGGCCGGGCAGGCAAGCUUCGCUGCGUACAUUAUCGGCCUAUCUCCGCGACGAACGGACCGCGCGUCCAGAAUUCUACCACCCUUACGGCGUCUCUUCGCUCUGACCUGCUCACUCCGACCCCGAACAGUGCUUCAUCAGAGACGUCCCUUGCCGCCACACGCUACAACGGUCGCUGUGGGUAGCCUCUCGGAGGUAGCGUGGAGUCCAAUCACAGCUGCUUACACCACAGAACCAUUGGGUCGCCGAAUCUCACCAUACACAACAACAACAACAAAAACAACAGCAUUGCGACUGGCUCGCCUGCGACUUGCUGACACGCUGGUGCCCGAAUACUCCCGUGCCACGCCGCACAUUCACGACAUCAGAAAUCGUCUCGAGGCCCACGGAUUCGCAGCUCCUCCCCGCACUCACAUUCCACGCGUUCGCAGAGAACAACAUCGGCCACCAUGUCGCACGGGAAGAUGACGCUGUACAAGCUGGUGGUGCUUGGUGAUGGAGGAGUCGGAAAGACUGCUCUUACUAUCCAGUUAUGUUUGAAUCACUUCGUGGAGACGUAUGACCCUACGAUUGAAGACUCGUACCGCAAGCAGGUGGGAAUUGAUGGGCAGUCAUGUAUGCUGGAGGUGCUCGACACUGCAGGGCAAGAAGAGUACACAGCACUGCGGGAUCAGUGGAUAAGAGACGGCGAGGGCUUCAUACUGGUGUACAGCAUAUCAUCUCGCUCCUCAUUCACGAGGAUUCAGAAGUUCCACCACCAGAUUCAACGCGUGAAGGAGUCGACGUCUGCAGGAUCACCCACAUAUCCCGGCUCGCCCCUGUCGCAAACGAUGAGCUCCUUUGGACCUGCGCCCGUAAUGCUGGUGGGUAACAAGUGCGAUCGAGUGACAGAACGGGAAGUGUCGACACAAGAAGGGCAAGCUCUUGCAAAGCAGCUGGGCUGCGAGUUCGUCGAGGCGUCUGCCAAGAAUUGCGUGAAUGUGGAAAAGGCAUUCUACGAUGUCGUACGGCAGCUGCGGAGACAGAGAGCCAUCGCCCCAGCACGAAACAGCAAAGCUUCACAGCCAGCCGACCCCGUGUCCCGGUCAUCGCGGACGAAUGGCGGCGAAUACAUGGAUCGGGAGAAGAAGAAGCGGUACCGCCGUUCUGACAGGGACAGGGAGAGAGGAGGCAGCAAAUGCGUCAUUUUGUGAGCAGGUGCAAAGUGCAUCAAUCACUACGCGAGCAUGAUGCAGAUGGCCCCUCCACUGAUGCGCAGCCCGGCGGGUGUUAAGAAUUUGCCUGGUCAGCUGGUAUCACGCGAAAUUCUCCAUGCAACCAGGGAUGGUACGGAGUGGGCCGCUUUCAUGCGAAGGCGUAGAAGCGGCCGUGACGACCUUCCGCAUCUUCUCGCUUCGCAUUAUUCUACGCUUCAGUGGCCUUGGAACGGCAACAUGUGUUGGGAUCUAGUCCCCAAACUCCAAAUCCAGAUUCUACCCCGAAAUCGGCACACGAAGGCCGAAGCGGAACGGGCUCGAUGAUGUGCACAUGGUUCGGCUCGCUCGGAGGUGCCGUUGGUUGUUGCGGGUUUCUGGGCAACCGAGAGUCGGGACAUGUUCUGUCUCGAGAGCGAGGACCGGGCGUGGGAGGAGAAACAGUCCCUGGUGGAGCAAAAGAGCCCUUUCGCAGGGGCCUUGUCUUGAUUGUGCACGUGAUAUCAGACCAACGGUGAAUAUGCGCGUCAUGAAGCAGAAUCGAAUGAGUAACGACGGAAAUGAUCUUUUCGGAUGUGAAGGCAGCGUGAUCCGUUGAAAGAUGUGUGUAGGUGUGUGUGUGUAUGUGUGUGUCUGUAUGUGUGGAAAAUGGGUCACUGCAGAAAAAGAGGCAUGUAUGUGUAGCAGCAGCAGCAAGCAAUGCAUACCCGCAUACAACAUCGAAGAACAAGGCACCAACCAAGCUCAUCUGCAGCGGCAGCCCCACCACCAUCACCACCACCAUCACCACUACCUCUACCACCCCGAUAAGAUAAUCCUAGCAGAACAGACAGACUUGAUAUCACCACCAGAGAGAGAAGAGACUCUACUACCACCUAUCAGCUCUACUACCUACCUACCUACCUAGUCUAGUCUAGUCUAUUAACAACGAUACUUG